AUGGCGCGCGUUUCGAGCCCUCAAGCCCGCCGCUGUGCAGACGGCGGUUACCAACUGGCCCGCUUCCACACCUUGCUGCAGAUGGUGGCCCUGCCAAAUAGGAAUGGCACGCACGUACGAUACUUGAGUUCGGUACAGUGUCCGGCAGCCUGGGACUCCUUCACCUGCUGGCCGCCCACACUGGCUGGCAAGGCAGUGCGCAAGCCUUGCACCGACAUCAUCGCAUCCCUCGACUUGUCCUUAGACAUCGGAGACGCUUCGCUCGACACAGGUCUGUACGCCUACAGAGUUUGCGGUCCUGACGGCAACUGGCUGUGGGGCAACUGGACUAACUACACUGAAUGUCUCGGCCUCAUCAAUCAUGAGAUGUCCGCUGUGGUUUCCCUGGCAGUCAGCUACAUUCUCCUGCUGUUCUCUCUCCUGUCUCUGAUAUUCCUGUCCGCUACCAUGUUCAUAUUCUGCUACUUCAGGUCAUUGCAGUGUUCUCGCACGCGGGUGCACCAAAAUCUGGUGCUCGCGCUCAUGGUGCACGCCAUCAUGCUCGUGGUGCUCUCCAUGCCAGUGGUGCUCAACUCUGAAGAACCGACGCCCUUUGCCCAAAUACCUCCGUUGUGCAAGAGUAUCCUAUCCCUGAAGAUGUACGCCGCCAUGGCAUCAAUCAACUGGAUGUUCGUGGAAGGCCUGCUGCUCCACUCCCGCAUCACGAUCUGCAUCUUCCGCCAGGACGCGCCCUUCAAGCUGUACCACGCGAUCGGUUGGGGUCUGCCUUUAGGGUUCAUAGUAACUUGGGCCUGCCUCAUGGAACAAGAACUUGGGUCGGCAUGUUGGGAAGGCUACGGCGCCAACCGUUACGUCUGGCUCCUCAUCGGACCUCGUCUUGUGGCGAUUCUGGUGAACUUUGUUUUCCUCGUCAACAUCAUCCGCAUUUUGGUGACGCGGGUGAAGUCAGCAGUGUCUGCGGAAACAACCCAGUUUCGGAAGGCAAUCAAGGCGACUGUGCUGCUCUUCCCUCUGCUGGGAAUCACGCAUCUCCUGUUCUGCAUCAACCCGCAAGACGAGAACAUGGGCCUCAAGGAGGCCUACAUGGUCAUUAACGCCAUACUCCAGUCUUCACAGGGUAUUUUCGUGUCUGUACUCUACUGCUUCAUGAAUUCAGAGGUGCAGACAGCCGUUCGCAACGCCUACCUCAGGGCUGCUAUCCGCCGCAACCCGAACAAGGAGCGCUCUUUCCUGCGCGGCGGCUACUCGCAGACAUCGACCGUGUUCAUGUCGCACUUCAACGGCUCCGUGGCCGAGCACAGUGCCUCACCGAAGGGAGGCUCUAAAGUGGUCCGCAAGUACCCACUUCGGGCUACGGCGGGACCACAGAGGAUAUCCAGGAAUCCCAGCGCGGUAGCUGCCGUCUGAGCAGCUCCCGUGCGUUUCGCAAUAUCGCCUCAAGAAGCCCUCCUCCUCAUGUCCCACUCAUCAUGGCCGGCUACUCCUCCACGCAUAGGACCUUGGUCGAUAUACUGCUCAGUUCUGGCUUCCGGAGCCACGCCCAUCCUUUACGAUACAAAAAGAAGAAAAACAAGAAGAAAAAAAAA